AUAUAUGAACUUCCGGGGGAAAGCGUCUUCCGUCACGGAUAGUUUUGUUUCUACUUCGUUGCCAUGUUAGCUAACUGUUAAAACCGGUUUCAGCGGCAGCUAGUUAGCAAAACAUUGUGAGGAAUAUAUCCGCUGUGACUCGAAGAGUGCACUCAUGUCGGGCAGGAGCAGCGGUGUGGAGUGGGUUGAGACAACCGAGGAGGUUGUUAUAACAGAGGAGAGUCUUCCCUCUGAAGACAGCACCCCUGCAGUGAUACCUGUCUUAGAACCAGCAGAAACGCCAAUCCAGAAGUUACUGGACACUGUGGGACAUGGAGACAACCCAGAGGCUGAUGGUGGCUUUUAUUGUGAGGAGUGUCUGACUCUCUUCCAGGACCAGAAUGACCCCACUAACAUUAACGGCCCGUCUUUUAUCCUCGACUUUCCAACGAGCAUGGGUCUCCCCCAGAGGGCUCUCCUCACUCUGCCCUACGGCCUGAUGAUAGGCAGAUCCAGUAUUCCCAGUGCAGGCGUUGGGGUCAUAAACUACGGCCCGAUAGUGUCUCCAGGGAUGCAUUUUGGACCAUAUGAGGGGGAAGUGACAACAAGGGAAAACGCCAUGGAAAGUGACUUCUCCUGGGAGAUUUACAAAGAAAAAGAUGAGUAUGAGUACAUUGACGGUGCCAGAGAAUCGCACUCAAACUGGAUGAGGUACAUAAACUGUGCUCGUAACAAAGAUGAGGCGAACCUGCUGGUGGUCCAAUACAAAGGUAGCAUCCUUUUCCAUUGCUGUCGCAGCAUCCACCCUGGAGACGAGCUCAUGGUUUGGCCCAGCAGCAAACUUCUCGACCAUUUUAGUGAAGCUUGGACCCAGGUGUGGAUUAUGAAGCUGAAUGCAACAGAGAGUAAAGCAACUGCAGCAUCUCAGAUCUUCCUGUGCUCCCACUGUCAGCUGUCCUUCACCACAGAGUCCUUCCUGCAGCGUCAUACAGAAUGCUUCCACAUCCAGCCUGAAGACACAACACCAGCUGCUGAGACAGCUGAACCUGAAAAUCCUCCUUCCAGUGCUGACUCAGGUGACCCUGCAGCAUCCCUGGUGGUGUUAACCGUUGAUCCCGUCGAGUCCAAAACAUGUGGUGAUUGCGGGAAGACUUUCAAGCAAAUACCUCACCUCAGGAGGCACAAGCUUUGCGUCCACUCAAACAGACGUCCCUACUGCUGCCCACACUGCAGGAGAAGUUUUAGCCAGGCGUCUGGAUUAAUCAGACAUCAGCUAGUCCACAGAAAGCAAGCUGCAAUGAAAGAGAUGAACAGUGUUUCUAAUCAGAACAGAGACAUCAGUGAGAAGGAGGAGAGCCUGACACAGAUAUCUGAACUUUUAAACAUGGCAGAUCCAGCUGUUACUGAGGAAACAAAGGACACGACUGAGAGUGACGAUGUACAAGAACCUAUGAAUGUAACUGAGACUGAGGACGCUGCUGCAGGAGAGGCAGAAACAUCCCAGUUCAUUUGUUCAGACUGUGGCAAGAGCUUCACAAACGAUGCCUCUCUGAAAAAGCAUAACGCAUAUGUCCAUCAGAGGUUACGUCCAUACGUCUGCACUGUGUGUCACAAGUGUUUUGGCCAGUACAACGACCUGACCAGGCACCUGCAGCACCACCAGAAACAUGGCAAGACGGGAGAAAAACUCAAUGAGGCUCCGAAGGAACCCACCAACAUGCCCUUUAGCUGUGCUGAGUGUUCACUUACGUUUCCUUCAGUGGAGGCUGUUCAGCAGCACAUAACUGAGCAUCACUCAAAGGAGACAACAGUGGACAAUCAGGAAGCCGAUCCAGUGCUCUGUGGUGAUCAGAGCAAUGAUCCAGAUUACAGUCCACAACCCUCGAUGGCUGAAACAGUUGAAUCGGCUCAAAAACGUCAAAGGCCUCAGCGGGUUGGCGCUGGAUCUAAAAUUUCUGCCAUAACCAAGCUCAUAGCUCCAAAACGCAGGGCAGCCAUCUGCAAGAAGCCGCUUAGGAGCUCUGCUGAACCGGAGGCGCCCGCAGUCAGAAGCGCCAAGUUCAAAAAAUACAAAUGGUUCAGCUGUAAACGCUGUAAACGAACAUACGGAAACCCAGACGAUCUCAAAGUACACAAGUGCACCUCGAAACAGCUGGAGUGUGGUCAGUGUGGGGCGACCUUUAGUAAGUCGGGCUUCCUGAAGAGACACGAGCAGAUGGUGCACGUAAAUGCAAAGUCUUGCAGCUGUGAGCGCUGCGGUAAAGUCUUCACUACAUCUGGGAACCUGAAAAAGCAUCAGAAGAGCAACACGUGCAUGAAGUAUCACUGCACGUCAGAGCCUUUCCCAUGCUCGUACUGUCAGUUCUCCUUCACUAUGAAGAGCUACCUUAUUAAACACAUCAAGAGGCACCACCCGGUGGAGUAUCUGUCACACUAUGAUUCAGACAGCCUGGUGGAUCAGCUGGAAGAAGAGGAAGAGGAGGGGGCCAAAGAAUAUGUAUGCCCCCACUGUGGGAAGACCUGUGCGAACGCUAAAUCUUUAAAAGCUCACGCGUGCUUCCAGCAGGUGAAGGUGCUGUACUUGUGCACCGACUGCGGGAAGGGCUUCACGAACCACUACGGCCUCAAGCAGCAUCAGCGCAUUCACACGGGCGAGAAGCCGUACAGCUGCCCCCACUGCAGCAAAAGCUUCUCCUACACCGGCCAGCUCAACGUGCACCUCAGGACUCACACGGGUGAGAAGCCGUACCUGUGCACCCACUGUGGGGAGAGCUUCAGGCAGUCGGGAGACCUGAAGCGACACGAGAGGAAGCACACGGGGGUCAGGCCCUACAGCUGCCCCGAGUGCUGUAAAAGCUUCAGCCGGCCGCAGAGUCUGAAAGCGCACCAAAUGCUUCACCUGGGACAGAGAAUGUUCAAAUGCACCCAGUGCGGGAAGAGCUUUUCCCGAAACUAUCAUCUCAGGAGACACCAUCAGAAGAUGCACUUGUAGUCAAAUUGUUAGGACUUGGAAAGGCUAUAGAAGAGCUUGAAUUGAUGCCAGUGUAAACUUAAUUGCACUAAAUGGUCAAGUACAUCACUGUGCACUUCGAAUGUUGCAGAGAAUUUUUGAAUGUCCUUUACGCAACAUUAUUUAAAGUUAUAUUUAAGUUUGUUUAAAGCAUUUCACAACCCAAAGAUUGGAACUUUAUGUGUAGAAUAAUACAUUUUUGUUACAGGGUAUGUGUUUUGUUUUCAACCUGGACCCUAUUUCCCCAUGUUUUUGUGUCUAAACGACUAGUGGAUAAAAAAAUUUUUGGAAGUGGUUCAGUGUUUAGGGAGUGUGCUGCAGCUAGCAGAGACAAACAGGUUGCAGUGUUAACACUCGUGGCAUCUGGCACUGUCAAUUUAUGUCCACUCAAGGUGCUUUUUUGCCACUGACAGGCUCAGAUGAUUAUUCUAAGUGUCUAUUGAAAAAUCCCCACAGAGACAGACCUUUUUGGUUAUGAUUAUAUCCGUUUUUGUUUAACCAGAAACCAAAUUAACAGUAAUUUUAGUGUAUAUAGAGCCAGUAUAUUUUUUACUUCUGACUGGAUGAAUUAAGGGUUUAUUUCAACUAAACCAGAGUUGGUGAUUGUUAGAAGAGUGGAAAGACAAGUCAAAAGGGUUUUUGUGAGUUUUAUUUAAUUUCUGUCGACUGUGAAGUGUGUUUUAUUUUAAAAUUACUGUUUAUUUAAAUGGAGUCUGGUGGGUUUGGCGACAGAGAUUUCAGGGCUGUUUCUGAUUAAAAAGUGGCUAUGUUCAGACUGCACGUAAAUCACUUUUGUUUCUCAAAUCAGAUCACGGAAGCAUGAGAAAUGGAGGUCUAUAAUUUCGCACUUCAAACAAUUUAUUUUGUUGCUCCUCAUGCUGUCCUCCUUAGUGCUCUCCUACCCGUUUUCCACCAGCAUGGAACUGGUUUUGUUCCGUCUCUUGCGCGUAAUCUUGAACCAUUCAGAGCAUUUCGUUUAGAAAUAAGUUGGUUCAGAGCCUGAAAAAGUUUGUUCUCAACUGGAACCAAGAAAUAGCAGGUUUUUCCUUGACCUGGAGUGGCAGCUGUGACAACGUCAGUGGGCGUGUUAUAUUCGACAGGUUGGAGAGAGAGGAUGGAGAAGGCAACAAUGGGAAAGUCAAGUGAGAAAUCUUCGGGAAAAAAAGAUCAUGCGGUGGUCUCAUUGAAGAUGCACAAUUGCCAUUAACAUUUAAUUGCAGCCUGUUUGCUGCUGCAGCCCAGUACUGUGCCAAAAUUGUUGUCUCCUUAAAGCCACAGUGUGUAGGAAUUUCUCCUAUCUAACGUUGAAAUCAUAUAUUGUAUUCAAACAGAUGGCACACUCUAGCGCCUCACUGUUUCAAACACGUAUUGCAACAACUGUCGCCGCUGUGUACCAGAAAGCUAUGAUAACACUGAUGAAACCAUGUCAUCCGAUACUACAUGGAGUAUUCAUUCAGGCUCCUACACAGACACACACGACACGAGUUGACAAACCCCCUCAUCACCAUGCUGGCUGUGUUUACAACGUAGGACUGUUGGGGCGGAUGUAAAUUGAAACAAACCAAUCACAUCUUGUCCUUUGACAACUGACAAGUGGCUCAACCUCACACACCUCAUCCCUCUCCUCGCAUCACUGAGCCACUAACAGCUGUUACUGGCCAGUGGCACUACUGCCGCAUAACAAAGUCCCACUCUUUGAGCAUAAUGCAGGAUCAUGUAUUAUGCAGCAUCACGGGAGACAUAAUCCUCGUUG